AUGUUCAAAGAGUUUACUCCACCUUCUCCUGUCCUGAAACUCCUGAGGUUCUCAGUGGACAAGGCAUGCAGUUCUCUGUUUGAGGUGCACCAGGACCUACCUCACCCUGACUGGGUCCCUGCGAAGCCCACGGUGGUUAUUGUGCCAGGCAGGAGGCCCAAUAACACUCACCCAAUCUGGGUGAGCACCAUGGCGUGGGAGUUAUUGUCCGCUGGGCAGGGGAACGUGCUGGCAGCGGACUGGAUGGCUCCUCCUGAGCAAGAACUGCCCGCUGCUGCCAGCGAGGUGGGCAAGAAGCUGGCGCAAACCAUCCAGCAACUCAUGGACAUGGGAUCUUCUCCGGACACAUUCCACGUGAUUGGCUUCGGUGUUGGGGCACAUGUUGCUGGUAUAGCUGGAGCCAGGCUGCAUGGCAUCAUUGGGAGAAUCACAGGUCUUGACCCUUUUGCUCCAGUAUUCUAUGAGACCAACAGCUCUCUCUCCCUGGACUAUACGGAUGGACAAUACGUGGACGUGAUACACACCAACUUUAACCCCAACGAGCCCUUGGAGGCCCUUGGUUUUUCCAGGCCUGUGGGUCAUGUCGAUUUCUACACUGGAAAAGGACAACUGCUUCCCGGGUGUCCUAAAGGACUGUUUAUGCAGGAGAAAUACCUGCUCUGCAGCCAUUACCGUGCCCAUCAGCUCUUCACCAGUUCCAUUAAGUCUCUCUGCCAACAUGUGGCUUUCCCCUGUCAGGCAGUGACAGAUUUUCAGACGGGACAGUGCACACACUGUUCCUGGCCCGGCCUCAACGUGUGCCCUGAGAUGGGAUUUAACAUCGCCUGGCUGCCCAAGGUUCGUCCAGUUCCAUUCGAACCCAUGACCGCAGUUCUGGACAUCACAUCCACCUCCCCCUACUGCGUCACCCCUUUCUUGCUAAAGCUGCAGGUUGGUGGCAAUACCUCUAUAGAUGCUAGGCUCUUUGUCCAGCUGAAGGGUGACAGUGUUGAGACAUCGAACAUGUCGGUAUCAGGAAAUGAUAUGGCCACAUUUGCUGCUGGUAAUGUGUAUCAGUUUAUGGUAUCAGCAAGCAAAGCAGGAGACUUUAAAACUGUGGAGCUGGAGUUUGACACACAACGUCUCCUCUACUUUGAGUGGAUGAAGAGGAAGGUUACGGUCACUCAACUCCAGCUUACCUUAUUGCCUAGAGAUAGACGGCUUGCUUUUCAGGCCAGGGAUAUAACAGUGAUUGAAAACCAAAGAACUGAGAUUCCUCUGCAGAAAAUCCACGUUGAAAAUCCAGAAAAUCCAAGUUGA